GAGAGUGGGCUGUAGCUUUCUCAUAGCCCGCUGUCGACCUUUGAAUCCCGGACCCCGGGGCGGGUAGGCAGCUCCGUCGUCUUUGGUGCUAAUUGGCUGCUCUCUCUUCUGUGUGUGCCGCUUCUUCCUAUUGCUCCAAACACCGUGGCCCAAACACAGCAGCCAGCGCACGCACACACACACACAUACACACUCCUUUACGCACACGCGUGCAUCAUGUGGCGUCAGUGUGCGCGAUGCUGCUCAAAGUCCCCCUGUUCGUGGAGCAGUCCCUUAUCGGAAUGUUUGAAGAUUAACAAGGUUACCCGCGUCCUGUAGACCACAAGCUACCAGCAGCAGAACCCUGCAGGCCGAGAAGCCGACAGAGGAGGCGCACAGAAGGCGCACAGCGUGUCAGAGCGGACCGGGAAGGAAGAAGGAAGCCGCCGCUGUAGCUGCUUCAUACCAGAGUCUGGAAACAUGACCGAGAAACGGAUGUCGAGAUGGUAUUUCGGAGGGCUGGCGUCUUGUGGAGCGGCUUGCUGCACGCAUCCUCUGGAUUUACUCAAGGUCCACCUGCAGACGCAGCAGGAGGUGAAGAAGAGGAUGUUGGGGAUGGCCAUCAGUGUGGUGAAGAGCGAUGGAGUGCUGGCUCUUUAUAACGGCCUCUCUGCCUCCCUCUGCAGACAGAUGUCUUAUUCCCUCACCCGGUUUGCCAUCUAUGAGACGGUUCGGGACAUGAUGGGCAGUAAAAGCCAGGGCCCCAUGCCUUUUUACCAGAAGGUCCUGCUGGGAGCCUUUGGAGGUUUCACUGGUGGCUUUGUUGGCACGCCGGCUGAUAUGGUGAAUGUCAGGAUGCAGAACGACAUGAAGCUACCGCCAGAGCUGAGGAGAAACUACAAAAACGCCUUCGACGGGCUCUACAGAGUCUUCAGAGAAGAGGGAGUGAGGAGACUGUUCUCAGGAGCCACCAUGGCCUCCAGCAGAGGAGCGCUGGUCACCGUUGGACAGUUGGCGUGUUACGACCAGGCUAAGCAGCUGGUCCUAGGAACAGGCAUGAUGGGCGAUAACAUCUUCACACACUUCCUCUCCAGCUUCAUCGCUGGAGGCUGUGCCACAAUCUUGUGUCAACCUCUGGACGUCAUGAAGACGAGGCUCAUGAGUUCGAAGGGAGAGUACACAGGAGUGAUGCACUGCUUACGAGAAACUGCACAGCUUGGCCCUCAGGCGUUUUACAAGGGUCUCGUCCCAGCAGGGAUCCGCUUGGUUCCUCAGACGGUGCUCACCUUCAUCUUCCUCGAGCAGCUCAAGAAAAAAUUUGGCAUCCUCAUCAUCUCCUGAGCUAGCUCCGAUCUCCAACCACCCUCCAACACAGCCGCUCACACCCGUCACAGCCGCUCUGCUCUUAGCAUUUAUUAGAGAAUCAAACAGGAAAAGGGAGCCAUGUGAUGUUUAGAAGGAGCUUGUAGAUUUUUUUUUUUGCUCUACCCCCAUCACUCAGCUAGCAGUGGAUUGAUUUAGGUUAUUUUAAGAAAGAGCAACACCUCCUGGACGGGACGCAUACUGGAAACAAUCGACUACUUUCUUUGUUGGUACAGAUAAACAUAAAGGUGAUGAUGUGUUUGUUUAUAAUAAACUGCAAAAAUGAAAAGAGGAGAGUAAGAUGAGCUUCAGUAGAUUUGUAAUGUAGUUGUUUAGUGUAAGUCGUCUCAGGUUGAGACACAUAGAGCUAAUUUUGAGUUCAGGAGCAAUAUAUCUGUGGUCUUUAAAACAUACUAAACAUUGAGUUGAACUAAUUCCAGAUCAGAUUUUGUUGUUUGUGUUUAAAUCUGAGCAGCAGCGAACACACCAGUGGGUUUUUGUUCCCAUCAUUUCUUGAGUGUCCCUGUAGGUCAGGUCAGAGUUCAGGAUACAAACAUGUUGUCUGUGCCAUCCUAAUGAAUCUAUAAGAUCUCCUGAGAAGCCAUUACUAAGACAUGACAUGAUUCAUGAUCAUUCCUGACAGUGAAGACCAAAAAAAAGCGGCGCCCUGAGAUUUGACAGAUUUAUUUUUUGUGCUGAAUGAACGAUGGAGAGCUGGAAAUCCACCGCUUGCAGGUUACGUGUUGUUUUUGUUCUCAUUCCGAUCAGAUGUGAUGAUUUCACUCCCAGUCCUGAUAGAGAAGAGGACCAAGCUUGUGUGUCUCCUUUUUAAGUAUGAAGGGAGUUUGUGGGGAAACUGUGAAGCAACUCGAGCAGACUCUAAACAUCCUAACGGAGAACAUUUUCAUUUCUUUUCCUUGUCUGUAAAACCCUGAAUGACCACUUGUUCUCUUAACUGUUGAAAGAUGCCUGUAGAGACCUACUGUACUUGUACGCGUGUACAUUUAGCAUUUUGGUCUGUAGCGUCACUUCGUAGCUGAUUGCAUGUCAGACUUCAUGACUCAGGAUGCUUCUCUGUUUUAAACAGCACUUUAUGAAAGUCCCCGGACUCCUGCUGACUAACCUGCUGCGUAGAAACACAUGCUGCAAACAUAAACAUGUUCUGAAAGUAGAAACCUCUUCACGUGUGUAGAAGUGGCACCGCUAACGGAUGCUUGUGGGAUUAGUUUGACAGUUCAGUGAUUAAAUGCAUUUUUUCUCCUGUGCCUGCUCUGUUGACAGAGAUUUUGCAAAUCAUGUUGCCUUACAAAAAGCAUCCUCCAGGGGGGAGUAUAGUAACAUGUGAGUAAUACUGAUGCCAACAACUUGAAUGAACCUCUCUGGAGCAUCCUGUGAGAGUGUGUUCAUAAACAGAGAGCCACAACCUCAGAUGAAGAGUGUGUGUACCUGCAUGUCCUUAUAGCUGAGCGCUCCUCUGUAAUGUAAGGUACUGUAGAUCUGCCAUAGUAAGCUAUGCCAACUCUCUUCACAUGCACAGAAAUGAAACUGGAGGGACCCAAAGUUGUGGGAAGUGUUCAUUUGUAUUUUGUAGAUUACUAACUAAUGAUUUUGGAAUUAAAGUACUAAUGGAAAACUUGA